AUCAUGAAGCGGGAUGGUGGCAGCCGGUGGCUCUGUCGUGUCUUUGUCUGGCCCGGGUUACUGUCGUUAACUGAGGACUAAUUAAUUGAGAGAAAGACAUGCUUAUCAAGAGGGAAAGCGCGAGCUGUGUGAUCGUGCUUUAAUAUCAACCAUAUCCGUGUAUUGUUUGAAGGAGGAGCGGGAUACAUGACAGUCACAGACGCAAUCCCUUCAGGACAUGUGAAGGUGAAAGCGUUCUUCUGCUGUUCCUGCCGACUUCUAAAGCUUUAAACAUCAUUUCAUCACAAUGAGUGCUGUAUGAAGAUCUUUUGGGCUAUGGCCAGCGAACCGCUCGAAGGUUUCCAUGAGGUGAACCUUGCGUCCCCCACCACUCCAGAUGUUCAUGGCGUCAUCGACCCGAGUCCACCAAAGCACAACGCUCCUCCCAGCACACUGUACCGAACGCACUCGCUGAGCUCCAGCCAGAACGCAGCCAGCGCUCUCCGGGCCGACCAGCUGCCCACCCAGCCUGUGUACUCAGCCCCUCGACACCUGGGCGGAGACGACACCCUCAAUGGCAGUGGAAACGAUCCAGCAGCUGUGGAUGCGGUGGACGCUGAUGGAGAGGAUGGUUUGGGGCCGAGCACGGACGGUCUGUCCCGCCUCAGAAGUCCAUCAGUCAUGGAGGUCCGGGAGAAAGGCUACGAGAAGCUGAAGGAGGAGCUUGCUAAAGCACAACGGGAGCUUAAGUUAAAAGACGAGGAGUGUGAGAGGCUUUCUAAAGUGAGAGACCAGCUGGGGCAGGAGCUGGAGGAACUCACUGCUAGCCUGUUUGAGGAGGCUCAUAAGAUGGUGCACGAGGCAAACUUGAAGCAGGCCACAGCGGAGAAGCAGCUAAAGGAGGCGCUGGGGAAGAUCGAUGUUCUUCAGGCCGAGGUGGCUGCUUUGAAGACUUUGGUCCUGUCAACUUCUCCCACAUCCCCUUGUAAGGAAAUGCCCCCCGGGCCCAAAGCGCCCUUUAAGAAGGGCCACGUCCGCAACAAGAGCACGAGCAGCGCAAUGUUGGGCAGCCAGCAGGAGGUGGCGGUGACGCAGCCCAUUGUACGUGAGUGCAAAGAGGUGGAUUCACUGCUGUUCACCGAGUUCAAAGCGUGGAAAGAGGAGCCGACCUUGGAGAGAAGCUGCUCCUUCCUGGAGCGCAUUUACAGAGAAGACAUUUACCCGUGUCUGACAUUUUCCAAGAGCGAGCUCGGCUCUGCGAUCCUGGAGGCAGUGGAGCAGAACACACUGAGCGUGGAGCCGGUGGGAUUCCAGCCGCUGCCUGUGGUCAGAGCUUCUGCUGUGGAGUGUGGAGGACCCAAGAAGUGUGCCCUGUGUGGUCAAACCAAAACCUGCAAGCACAGAAUCAAGUUUGGCGACUCCAGCAGCUAUUAUUAUGUGUCUCCAUUCUGCCGCUAUCGAAUCACGUCGGUCUGCAACUUCUUCACCUACAUCCGUUACAUUCUCCAAGGACUCGUCAAACAGCAGGAUGCAGAGCAGAUGUUCUGGGAGGUCCUGCAGCUACGGAAGGAGAUGUCCAACGCCAAGCUGGGCUUCUACAAAGAUGAGCUGUGAACAGAGCCGUCACAGAUGCGUGAACGCCACCGCCUGAUCCCCGGCCGCUCUUUGACCGUCCUGUCAGAGCGGCUUCACAGGGACCACCACACCUUAUUAUAUUCAUUGAUGAUGAAGGACGAGAAGAAGACACUAAAGCAUGAACUGUAGCCGGAGGUUGCGUUCGGUCGGAUGAAACACUCAAAUAAAGGCUCCUCAAGCUCUGUUAGAUUGAUUUGUUCAGUGCUGUAGCUAGCUGUAUGCUGUUGUGCCGUUGUGUUUUGUGUAUCUGGAAUGUUCUGUUUGUACCACCAUGUGUAUUUUUCCUCCUCAGACUCGUCUAGCCUCCUUCAUUUUGAGUUUAGUGCCUUUCUGGAAGCCUGAAUAAAGUUCUGAACCUCCAGAGGA